UAUUCGUUAUUAUAUAGUUCUUACUUAUUUGUGUUUCGGCUAUUUCGAUAUCAAAAUACAAAUUAUCGAUAUCAAUCGUACAAGAAUUAAGAGCUAGUAUAAUUUAUGCCGUUUUCAUUUUCAUAUAACAGUCGUCGUAUUUCUGCAGUUUUUUAAUAGACGGUACGAGUACUGAUAGUGUUUUAACUUCGUCUACUGAAAAAUAAUCUUAUUCCUUUAGCCAGUUCAUCGUCUCAAAUGAUGUAGACUACAGAAUUUGGUGGUUCGACUAUCGUACCUAACUGAAGAAGGAUUUUUCCCGUCGACGUUCGUCUAUCAGUUUGCCGAGGAACGUUGAAUGUCGAUCGGAGUAGAGUGUAAAUUCACCGAAUAGAUUUACAGAGCUAAAAAAAAGUGCUAUUCUUCUAAGAUGGAUCAAAUGUUACCGAGUCCUGGGUUUAGUAUUCCUAGUAUUGGAACCCCAGUACAUCAACCAGAAGAAGAUCAACAGAUUAUGCAAAUGCCACCGCUACAGCCACAAGGUCUAGCUAUGAGUACUAGUAGUCUACCAACUCAACAGUCGAUGAAUAAAAUAUAUCAGACAAAUAAUAUGGGCUACGCUACGCCACACAGCAUGAUGCAUUCACAAACACCUGUGCAUCAAAGUAUGCCAUCUUUGACAUCCAUCAGUUCAUCAUCAUCGACUAUACCAGCGCUACAAACUAUUCAAAACCCAGCUACGCCUGCCCCGAUGACACCUAUGACACCAGCUUCUGCUGAUCCUGGGAUUGUACCUCAACUCCAGAAUAUAGUGUCUACAGUAAAUCUUGGAUGUCGGCUUGAUCUUAAAACUAUUGCUUUACAUGCACGAAAUGCUGAAUUUAAUCCAAAACGAUUUGCUGCUGUUAUAAUGAGGAUACGUGAACCACGUACUACAGCUUUAAUCUUUAGUUCUGGUAAAAUGGUAUGCACUGGCGCAAAAAGUGAAGAAGAUUCUAGACUGGCAGCAAGAAAAUAUGCUAGGAUCAUUCAAAAGCUUAGUUUUCCAGCAAAGUUCUUAGACUUUAAAAUUCAAAACAUGGUUGGCAGUUGUGAUGUAAAGUUUCCUAUACGGCUUGAGGGAUUGGUACUCACUCAUGGUCAAUUUAGCAGUUAUGAACCAGAAUUGUUUCCUGGACUUAUUUACAGAAUGGUUAAACCACGUAUUGUAUUACUCAUUUUUGUAUCUGGUAAAGUUGUACUGACAGGUGCCAAAGUACGUCAAGAAAUUUAUGAUGCUUAUGAUAAUAUUUAUCCAAUAUUGAAAAGCUUUAAAAAAAACUAAAUUAUUAUGUGAACAAUGUUUCAAUUAA